CAUGCGGCAUAAACUGACCUGCUGCUGGACACACACGCGUGUUUAGGCUGUGCUUUCAGAUCCUUUAGGACAGCAGUAACUGGCGUGCUGGGAGGACAGUAUAAACCCUGAGAGGGAUGUGCGUGUUCAUGGAAGACGCCUUUGAUAGUCACGGGCUGUAGUAGACAGGAUGAAUAAUCAAAGUCCCGCUCCCCCUGCCAGUGAUGCCAUUACGCCCCUCCAACAGAUGGUGGCGUCCUGCUCCGGCGCCAUCCUUACAUCGCUGUUUGUCACACCUUUGGAUGUUGUGAAGAUCAGACUACAAGCACAGAAAAAUCCCUUCCCCAAAGGCAAAUGCUUUGUGUACUGCAAUGGACUAAUGGACCACAUAUGUGUGUGUGAAAAUGGGAAUUCCAAGGCCUGGUACAAAGCCCCGGGUCACUUCAGUAGCACACUGGAUGCCUUUGUCAAGAUAGUAAGGCAUGAGGGAAUCAGGUCAUUAUGGAGCGGUCUGCCUCCAACACUUGUGAUGGCAGUCCCAGCAACAGUGAUCUACUUCACUUGUUAUGACCAGCUGUGCGCAGCACUGAGGGUCAGGAUGGGAGACCAUGCUCAGGAGGCUCCUCUCAUAGCAGGAGCUACUGCUAGAGUGGGUUCGGCGACAAUGAUCAGCCCUCUGGAACUGAUCCGCACUAAACUGCAGUCUCAGAAACAGUCGUACAGGGAGCUGACUCAGUGUAUCCGUUCAGCAGUGGAGGCAGAGGGCUGGCUGUCUCUGUGGAGGGGUUUGGGGCCCACGCUUCUCCGAGACGUGCCCUUCUCGGCCAUGUACUGGUACAACUAUGAGAGGGGCAAGAACUGGCUGCGUGACUUGUCUACUGCCACAGAACCCACGCUGACCAUCACCUUCAUAUCUGGAGCUGUGUCAGGAUCUAUUGCAUCUAUUGUAACUUUACCUUUUGAUGUCGUCAAAACAAGAAGACAGGUGGAGCUUGGAGAACUACAAGCAAAGAACUUGCCAGGUCAGGCCUCUUCCACCUUCUGUGUGAUGUGCAGGAUUGUGGCAGAGGAUGGGUUUAGAGGGCUGUUUGCAGGUUUGCUUCCCAGGCUGAUAAAAGUGGCCCCAGCCUGUGCCAUCAUGAUCAGCACUUAUGAGUUUGGAAAGGCCUUUUUCCGCAAACAAAACAAAGAGCGGAUACUUGCGUCGCUGCAAACCACUAACCCCUGAUGGAUUUUUCUCCAAAAACAUCAAACACCACAACUAGUGCUUAGACCUACUGCUCGACUGCACCUGAGGGCUGUACCAUGAAAGGAGCAUAAACCGCUCAGAUUUAAAUUGAGGUUAUCAAGAAAAGUCAGGGUUGAAAUGGUGUUAAAUGAUACUGUAACAAUAAUUAGGAUGCCAUAAGGUCAGCAAGUAGCCACAAGGCUUUGGAACUCUGUAUAUAGAGAUUUUACUGUCUGGUCAAUGAGCGCCAUGAGAUCAAGAAAGGGUGAUGCAAUUUUCCAAGAGAAUUAGUCAGUGGGUGGUAUUUAAACCUGCACUGAGCAGUUUAAAAAUUACAUCAUACUUCAGGUAAAAUAUACCCUCCUUUCAUAGUGUAUGUGAAUCAGGAAGUUACAGUCUAAUUCCUGAAGUUAUCUGGAUAAGCCAGAUAACUCAUUUUGUGGUGCAGCCCUCUGUGAGGAUGAUGCCAAAUGAAAAACAUUAGCAGAAAUGGGGGUUCAAAAAAAUUUAAUCACUUGUCUCUUUUCCCGCAUUGCAAGAUAUUAAAGAUCAUCAGAAUAUAUAUUAAUUUAUAAAAUUAUGAUAUAGAUUCUGUAUAGAGUCAAAUAUUUUUCUACACUAUGUUCAAUUACAUGUUUAAGAGGUAGUACAUGAAAGACAGUUUUAUUAAUAUAUAUUUACCAUGUAUCUCACCGGGAUCAUGUGCACUGUGCCUAAACUCCUUUCACUCCUCUGUGUGACAGUCAGAACCCCCAAAACCAUCUCCAUGUUUUUGCACUCGUGUUCCUGCAGACAAAAACUUACAGGGUGCCAGUACAGUGUGAGUGUAAAUAAGUGUUUUUCAGAUUGAUACAAGAAUGACAUGAGUGUACUAUAUGAAAAUGUCUUUUGUUGAGUUCAUUUCAUACACCAGAUUUUCUUUUCAGUGAUUUUAUGAGGUUUCUCACUAUACCAGUUUUUGUUGACAAACUCAAAUGUCAUUGUCAAAUCGUCAGUGUUUCAGUGGAGUUUAUUCAAAAUAAACAACAAGGUA